AAAAAAUUCACGGUCAUAAGAAAAAAAAAUGGAUAAAAAUUAUAAAUUAUUUAUUUUUAUAAUUAUCUUGUGUAUAAUUAAUUUAAUAAGUGAAACAGAUGCAUGUACACCGAGCGCACCAGCGGAAACUGAAAAUAGCAGCGCAAUAAUCGAGAGAACGGAAUAUUUAAAAUUUCUAAGAGACGUAAAUAAGGGAAGGAAUAACAUGAGACAAAAAUUUAAUAGAAUUUGGUUCAGAUAUUUAGACUGCAAUGGAACUUAUGACCAAGAAAUCGGAGACGUAUUACAGGGCUUGUGUAAUUAUUGCGCGAUGAUAGUAAAUGAUUACAGUACAAUUGAGUGGGAUUGCAUGAAUAAGUGCUACACGGGAAUUGGACUUAGUGACUGUUCGGGUUACUAUAGCAGAGAAAUUGGAAAGACCGUAGAAUAUCUAGAUGGUUUUGUAGAAAAGUUGAGUGGAAAAGAUAUAUUGUCGUAUAUGACAAUAUAA